CGGAUAAGGAUCUUGCAAAAAUGAAUACAGAGCUGGAACUGAACUGUGGAUCUGCAAAGAGUAAUUAUCGCUGAAAAGCACCCACCAGGGACAUGUUGAGUUAAAUACACCAGUAAAUGCUCGAUUUAGCCUCUGUAGCUCCUGGACUUGCCGCUAUCUUGCUUAAGGUACAAUGUCAUGCGUUUGGUUUGCACAUCUACGGCGCAUCGCGAUCCUCGGGGCCCACGUCCCUGAUCGCGACAUCAACACUAUCGUCCCGAUCACCUGACUCCAGAACACAGGUCCGACCCAAUGCCGCCGCCAGCUCGAGAUGAUCUGCACGCGGGGCUUGAAUGGCUUCGUCGAUGUCCUCGUAGUUAUCUACCGUGAGCCUGAGCAGCAUCAGCACCCAGAGCCGGUCAGGUCACCUGUUGUUCCGCAUCCAGGGGUGCGCUCUGUCGACGAUAGCCCGAGAGGAAGUGGUCCGUCCAAGAGAGCGCUGCCAGGUCAUCUGCCCGCCGCACCAGGCAGGGUUGGCAUGCAGUUGAAGACCGUCGUGGCCGUCCUGAGAUACCUGGCCAUCAUGAGGACGAUCGUGUUUUAUCGCCCAGGGACCUAAACGAACCCCGAGAGAUUCAUCCACCCCCGACCUUCUUAGCAGCAUUAUUCAAGCAAGCAACAGCAACGAGAGAAACAUGUCGACACAUCCGCAGCCCACGCCGCCACAAGUCGGGUCGAGUACUUCAGCAAGGUGGGUUUACAAUCCGCCAGCCGUGCCGGCGCUGGUACUCCUAUUUCCGCACCGAAACAAACGGCCCCGCAGCGCCCGCGCCACUGCAAGCUGUCCAGCACCGCGAGCUAUGCCUCCCAGCCCAGCACCGCCGUCAGCGCGUCCCGUUCAUCUUCGCCGGCAAAGCC